AUCCCAAAGCCACGUUUUGUUGAUUUACAUAUUAAGCACUGCUCCUCUCCCAAAAGACUAAAGUUGAUCUUGCGCGCGCGUAAACUGACGCAGCGUCCCUCUUUAUCUUUUACGCACACGCUCCUGGACUUUUACCCUUUCACCCUUUUACCCCGGCCCAUCUGAUAACCACAGCCAUAAACCGCGACCGUGCACCGGGCUUCAAAACAUGUUAAAGGAGUCACCCCGCAGCCUGGACAAACAUGGCUCCUCCAGGGACCCCUACCAGCCCCAGCCCGAAGAGAUCCGCAUGGUGGACUGUAGAUGUAAGCCCGACUGCACCUGCAGCCUCCACAAGGGCAACAAGUGUCCCGCACCAGCUCAGGACAAGGAGACCAUCUCGGACUCGGGCCACCAUGGCUUCGACAACUUGGCCUACGACUACAGCAGUGAAACCCACCCGUGUUCCCCCUCAGUAUCUACUACCACCUUCACAUUUCCCUCAGUCAUGUCAGACGAGCAGCUCCGGUUCAUCCAGAACUGUGUCUCCGGGAUACAGGGAGUUCUUUCUACCUCCUCCUCCUCCGUGUUGUCCUCCCGUUCGAUCGCGGUGGAGUACGAUCCAAAUGCCGUCAGCUCAAAGGAGAUCGGUUUGCACUUACACAACAUGGGGCACAGUGCGGAGUCGGCCGUGCGCAUCCGAGUGGAGGGCAUGCACUGCCAGUCCUGCGUACAGACCAUAGAGGCUACCAUCUCAGAGCUAAAGGGCGUCCUCUUCAUCCAGGUGUCUCUCCAGAAUUCAUCAGCGUUCAUCACAUUCCAGCCUCACGUAACCACAACAGAAGCGCUGAAGGACUGGAUAGAGGACUUGGGGUUUGAGGCCUCACUGCUCCAGGGACAGGGAGGACAGGGGGUGCAGGGGGGGCAGCAGGACCCGGAGCGGCUCACGGUGGAGGUGUGGAUCAUGGGGAUGACGUGCCAUUCCUGUGUGGACUCCGUCACAAAUCGUCUGAGCCAAGAGACCGGGGUGAGCCAAGUGUCCGUGUCCUUGGAGGAGCAGAGGGGCAGAGUGACCUUUGACCCUGGCCUCACCUCACCAGAGAAGGUCAGGAGGGUCAUACAGGACAUGGGCUACGAGGCAUCACUCACAGAGCCUGCUCCUGAAACGCCCAAAGUAGCGCCGUCUGAGAGCCCCCCCACGUGGUCCCGGUCCCCGCAGAUGAGUGAAGUCACGAACAGAGAGUGUGAGGAGAAGGUCCAGAGGUGUUUCAUCAGUGUGACGGGGAUGACCUGUGCCUCCUGUGUGGCCAACAUCGAGAGGAACCUGCUCAAACACAAAGGGAUCCUUGUAGUUUUAGUUUCUCUGAUGGCAGGAAAGGCAGAAGUGAAGUAUUGCCCAGAUCUGAUUAGCCCAAUUGGUAUAGAACGCCUAAUUCAGGACCUGGGCUUUGGGGCCACCCUUAUAGAAGACAGCUCCACCACAGAUGGGAAGCUGGACCUUACAGUUACAGGCAUGACGUGUGCAUCCUGCGUUCUCACCAUUGAGUCCAGACUCUCAUCCAUCAAAGGGAUCCUCAGUGUCUCGGUGGUCCUGUUAACAAACAGAGCUCAGAUCCACUUCAACCCUGAAAUGAUCGGAGCUCGAGAUAUAAUCAAAACCAUAAAGGACCUUGGAUUUGAAGCCUCUCUGAGGAAAGAAGCUGUCAAGAACAAUAUGGACCACUCAGAAGAAAUCAAACAGUGGAGGAACUCCUUUCUGACCAGCCUGAUUUUUGGUAUUCCAGUGAUGGGCUUGAUGAUAUACAUGAUGGUGAUAGAACAUAACUCUAUGCACGAAGACCACAACAUCCUCCCAGGGCUAUCGUGGUUUAACCUGAUCUUCUUCAUACUCUGUACCCCCGUGCAGAUAUUUGGAGGGCGGUACUUUUACAUCCAGGCCUAUGCCUCCUUAAAGCACUGUACGGCUAACAUGGACGUGCUAAUCGUGCUCGCCACUUCCAUAGCUUACAUUUACUCCUGCGUGGUUCUCAUCGUAGCCAUGGCUGAGAGGGCUGCCCAGAGUCCACACACUUUCUUUGAUACCCCACCCAUGUUGUUCGUUUUCAUCGCACUGGGAAGGUGGUUGGAGCAUUUGGCAAAGAGUAAAACAUCAGCUGCUUUGGCUAAACUCAUGUCACUGCAGGCAACUGAUGCCACAGUGGUGACUCUGGGGUCAGACUUGUCCAUCCUCAGUGAGGAGCAGGUGGAGGUGGAGCUGGUGCAGAGAGGGGACAUUGUCAAAGUGGUGCCUGGAGGAAAGUUUCCUGUGGACGGGAAAGUCAUCGAGGGAAGCUCCAUGGCGGAUGAGUCUCUUAUAACAGGUGAGCCAAUGCCUGUGACUAAGAAGGUGGGCAGUAUAGUGAUUGCUGGAUCCAUCAAUGCUCACGGUGCUCUGCUGGUGGAGGCCACUCAUGUGGGGGCAGACACCACUCUGUCUCAGAUUGUGCGCCUGGUGGAGGAGGCGCAGACCUCUAAGGCUCCCAUCCAGCAGUUUGCGGAUAAGCUGAGUGGAUACUUUGUGCCUUUCAUAGUGGUCAUUUCUCUGGUAACUUUGGGAGCCUGGAUGGCUGUUGGCUUUGUGGACUUUGAAGUAGUCAAGGAGAAUUUUCCGGGUUAUAACCCCAACAUCUCCAAGGCCGAGGUGAUUGUGCGCUUUGCCUUCCAAGCCUCCAUCACAGUGCUGGCCAUUGCCUGCCCCUGUGCUCUAGGGCUGGCCACCCCGACAGCUGUCAUGGUGGGCACAGGCAUAGGCGCUCAGAACGGGAUCCUUAUAAAAGGAGGAGAGCCUCUAGAGAUGGCACAUAAGAUUAGUGUGGUGAUGUUCGAUAAGACAGGCACAAUUACAAACGGGGUGCCCCUUGUGACGCGGGUGUUGGUGCUGUGGGAGGUGGCCCGAAUGCCCCUCAGGAAGGUCCUCGCCGUGGUGGGCACUGCAGAGGCCAACAGUGAGCACCCGCUGGGACUGGCUGUGGCCAAGCAUUGCAAAAAGGAGUUGGGCUCUGCAGUACUGGGCUUCUGUCAGGACUUCCAAGCGGUUCCAGGCUGCGGGAUCAGCUGUAAGGUCUCCAACGUGGAUCACCUCCUCCAGCAGCACGACCAGGAACUCUUCGUCCUGCCUGGAGCCACUACUGAUGAGAGCAGCCUCUUGCCCGCUGGAGAGGCCACUUCCAAAGGUGAAAUCGUUGUGUACUCAGUCGUCAUUGGAAACCGAGAGUGGAUGAGAAGAAAUGGGCAUAACAUUGGAGCAGACAUCGACGCUGCCAUGUCCAGUCACGAAUCUAAAGGUCAAACCGCUAUCCUAGUCGCCAUUGAUGGUGUGUUGUGUGCUAUGAUAGCCAUCGCAGACACAGUGAAGGCGGAGUCGGCCCUGGCGGUGCACACACUCAACAGCAUGGGCAUCGAGGUGGUGAUGAUCACAGGAGACAACAAGCGAACUGCCAAAGCUAUCGCUGCACAGGUGGGUAUAAAGAAGGUGUUUGCGGAGGUGCUGCCCUCACACAAAGUGGCCAAAGUGCAGAACCUACAGGAGAAGGGGCUGCGGGUGGCGAUGGUGGGGGACGGGGUGAAUGACUCUCCGGCGCUGGCGCGAGCCGAUGUGGGCGUCGCCAUAGGAACGGGGACAGACGUGGCCAUCGAGGCAGCCGACAUCGUCCUCAUAAGAAACGACUUGAUGGAUGUGGUGGCCAGUAUUGAACUUUCUAAAAAAACGGUGCGGAGGAUCAGAAUCAACUUUGUCUUCGCUCUCAUAUACAACCUUCUGGGAGUGCCAAUCGCAGCAGGAGUGUUCAUGCCGGUCGGCCUGGUGCUGCAGCCGUGGAUGGGCUCUGCUGCCAUGGCAUUGUCAUCUGUGUCUGUCGUGUGCUCCUCUCUGCUACUUCGACUGUAUAAGAAGACGUCCGUGGAGGUGUACGAGGCACGAGCAGAGGGCCACAUGAGGAGCCUGCAGUCAUCCCAGAUCAGUGCUCACACGGGGCUGGAGGGACACCAGCCCCCUUCAGCACGGGACCAGCCCAGCACCCAACAGAGAGACAUUGUAUAGUAAAGGGAUUCAAGUACACAGACCAGGGCUCACACAUGUCCUGGAAAUUCUGAAAAACCUGAACGAUAAUUGACCUGUUUUUCAGACAUGGAAAAGGCAUGGGAAAUAAGAAAAAGGGCCAAAUGUCUUGGAAUAUAUACAUUUUCUUGAAAAUUUCUCCACAUUUUGCUUUGCUGUAUUAUUGGACAUCAUAUUAAUAGAGACUUUUACUGCCACCUGUUACUGCAGUUGGGUUUCUAAAAAAUACAUAAAAUUAGACCUAUUUUACACAAAAUUUUUAUCUCUUUUAUUUUAUCUCUUGGUGGACUUAAUUUGAGUUCCACCAGGAAAUAUUUUUGGGGCAUCUACAUCACAAAAUAUCACCCUGCAGACUGACUUGAGUUCAAUUUUAAUUAUGGGUCAAUGUUUUUCGAAAUGGACGUUUUGCACUUAUGUAAAUUAUAUUUUGGCCAGUCCGAUUUUUUAUUCUAGCUUUGAUCUGACCACAAAAUGCCUUAAGAUGUAAAUAAAACCAAAGACUU